AUGUCUGAACGAAAAGUCCUCACCAAAUACUAUCCCCCGGACUUCGAUCCGUCCAAGAUCGCCCGCACGCCCAAACAUCUGCGACCGACCGGACCCAAGACCAUCCCCGUGCGACUGAUGGCGCCGUUCAGCAUGAAGUGUACAUCUUGUGGCGAAUACAUCUACAAAGGGCGCAAGUUCAACGCGCGCAAGGAGACCACCGACGAGAAGUAUCUCGCCAUCACCAUCUACCGCUUCUACAUCCGCUGCACGAGAUGCAGUUCCGAAAUCACCUUCAAGACUGACCCGAAGAACAUGGACUAUACUUGUGAACGCGGGGCCAAACGCAACUUCGAGUCGUGGCGGGACUCGGACAGUGCCGAGUUGAAAGAGACUGAUGAACAGCGUCUGGACCGGCUGGAGAGGGAGGAGGCCGACGAGGCCGAGACCGCCGAACGAAACGCCAUGGAAGAACUCGAGCAGAAGAUGGAAGAGAGCAAGCGCGAAAUGCAGGUCGCCGACGCCUUGGAUGAAAUCAUGCAGAGGAACGCCCGGAUAGAGCGCGGCGAGAAAGGCGUCAAAGAAGACCAGGCUCUCAGCCAAGUCCGAGACCUGGCCAGAGAACAACGAGAGGCUGAGGAGCGGGCAGAUGCUGAGGCGGCGCGGAAGGCGUUCGAGGCCGCCAACGUCGAAAGAGCCCGGCUUGAAGAAGACGCCAAACUGCAGGCCCAGCAUGCUUCCAAACUGUUGGACUCGCCUGCAGAAUCGCCACCCGCACCAACGUUCGACAGGGUCAAGAAGUUCAAGAAACCCCUGGUUCCGGGCUUAGUGCGGAAGACUGAGCCAGCGGUUCAACCGCCACAGCCAGCAGUCGUGUCGAAACCAGCUGGGCUGGAUCUUGGAGACUAUGAUUCUGAUGAUGACUAG